AUCGAGAAGUCGGGCUGGAUCCGGCUUGUGCUGUCAGUGGCCCUAAUAAACCAAACAAAGAAAGAAAGAAUUACUCUGAAAUUUAAAAUGAUGACUUCAUUUUGGGCAAAAUGAAGUGGCAACUUAAAUUUCAAUCAAUCCUUAAAUUUAAACUUUGGAAGGAUUGGAAAUUUUACCAUUUCACGAAAAAUUUAAGUGAUAAUUAUCGACGACAAGAACGUAUAGAGGAAAAAUCUAAACCACCAUGGGACAUAAUGUUUUUUGGCACUGAUGAAUUUUCUCUUAAGAGUUUAACAGCACUUCACAGGGAACAGCAGAGAAGUGGCCUUGUGGGACGACUGGAUGUUGUUUCAAUUCCGUCGAAGAAAACUGUUUUUGCAGUCCGCCAGUAUUGUCAGAAAGAAGGCUUACCAAUUCAAGAUUGGCCUGUAGUAGUACCACAUGGAAUUUAUGAUGUUGGUGUUGUUGCUUCGUUUGGACGUCUUAUCCCAGCUGCAGUCAUUCAAGCAUUCCCAUUGGGCAUUCUUAAUAUCCAUGGUUCACUGUUACCACGGUGGAGAGGAGCUGGACCAGUCGUUCACGCUGUUCUAAACAAUGACAGUAAAACAGGAAUAACUAUAAUGAAAAUUGAACCACACAGAUUUGAUGUUGGAAAAAUGGUGAGUAAAGUUGAAGUUCCCAUUUCAUGGGAUACCAGGAGUGGUGCUUUAUCCAAAUAUCUUGCUGAUGUUGGAGCUCAGGAAAUGAUAGCAGUGUUGCAGAAUUUGACAGUAAAGUUACGAGAUGCCAUACCACAGACUGAAGAUGGUGUUACCAAAGCACCAAAAAUAUCUGAGGCUUCUUCUAAAAUUGACUGGAAUUGUUGUACAUGUCAUAAAAUCCAGUCCAUGUAUAGAGCUUUUGAUGACUACUUCCCAUUAUGGACACUGUGGCAUGGAGCACCAGUCAAACUCAGAGACAUGGUCAUGCACAAAGAAUGGUCACAUCAUCAUUUCAGUGAAAUGCAAGUAGAAGAACAAAUAACGGAAGGUGAAGCACAGGGUAGUGAAUGUAUUAAAGAAAAUGCUAUAGAAAAUUGUGAAAAAAGUGCUACAGAUUAUGACUUUGCUGGAGAUCAAAAUGACAUAAGAAAAAACUGUACUGUAAGUAGAAAAAAUCAUCCACCAGGAAGAGUAAUUUUUAAUAAAAAAAUGAAAGUGGUGAGUGUUCUGUGUCGGGAUGGUUGGGUGAGCUUCAAAUCAGUUAUAAUAAAGGGAAGAAAGCCAAUGAGUGCUUUAGAUUUUUACAAUGGUUUCAUAACUAAAAUACCAAAAGAUCAACAUAAAUUUGAUUAACACAAAGUGAAAUUAAUAAUACGUACACCUGUUAAAUGCCCUAAUUUAAAAUACGUACUGUAUUAUAUUUGUAUAUAAUUUUGGCAAAUAAAUUUUUAAACAAA